AUGUGCAAUGGCAAGAGGCAGAGGGAGAAGAGGGCCUUAGGGAAACACAUGUCAAAUGGAGAAGAGAAGAUUAUCCCCAUAGCCAAGCUGUGGAUGUACAAGCUAGAGAUUCUCACCAGAGGGUUACCUCUGGGCCUGGGGCAGUGCAGGACCAGUAUAAAAGCCAAUGCAGAACCUUGGUCUUCUAUCCACUUCACUCUCCUUCUGCUCCUUGGGAACCAGGUGCACCUCCGGCCCCACAAGAUGUCCUGCUACAACCAGUGCUCCCCCUGCCUGCCCUGCCAGCCCUGCUGCCCGACCCCGCUGGCCAACAGCUGCAACGAGCCCUGUGUCAGGCAGUGCCAGAACUCCACCGUCGUCAUCGAGCCCUCCCCCGUGGUGGUGACCCUGCCGGGACCCAUCCUCAGCUCCUUCCCGCAGAACACCCUGGUGGGAUCCUCCACCUCUGCUGCUGUUGGCAGCAUCCUCAGCUGUAACGGAGUGCCCAUCAACUCUGGCUGCUGUGACCUCUCCUGCAUCACCAGCCGCUACUGCGGCAGGAGGUGCCCCCCCUGCUAAAGCCACCGGUGACUUUACACAGAAGGACCCCAAGGAAGCUAGAAGAUUAUGCUGGUCUGAGGACAGAUUGUUGUAUCAUCACUUUCAGAGAGGCUGAGCAUUCAUGGCUCUACUUGCAAAGAAAAGCAGAAAGAAGCAUGCCUGAACUCUCUGAAAUAUGGCUUAUGUAUAACUUGCUUGCUUCUCACUUUUUUCUCUCUCUUUUUUCUGUUGUCUUCUGCUCCCCAGGGUCAUGGGUUUUUCCAAGGCCAGCCCUGGAGGGAUCUUCUGCUCCCCUGCCUUUGUGGUGUAGGCACAGUUUGGGAGCUCCACCCUGGCCUCCAGGCAGAGGCUCUUGGAUGAUCUGGUGCUCCCUGCAUCAGAGCCACCACUUGUUUACCUCAUUUCCCUCUUUUAAAUCAUUAAAAUUCUGCUGCAGUGCA